CAAUAUGAAUGGGGACGAUUAGGUGAAUAUUUCAAAGAAACACAAACGGUAGAAAACAAAGUCAAAUAAAGGAAGCUUCUGUUGUAUGACUUAAUCAAUGCCCCGUUUCCCUUGCUCUAUAUCAAUUUAUUUUAAACUACGAUCUGGAACACAAAUUGCUGUUCAAUUUUGUCAAAGUUUUAUAUAGUUUUCUCUUGAAUCUUGAAUUCAAUUUCAUCAAUGGCGGAUCAACAGAAAAUCCAUCCCGUUCCAGAUGUUGAAGCACGGCCACAAACCUCCUCAACUGCUCCCUUGGUGCCUCAGGGCACGUCAAUAUCCGAGAAGGGUAACCCUGUAGGGGAAUAUCCACCUUUCCAUCGCACUUUUCCUGCCACGCACUCGAAACCUCCAAAGAAGAGAAGCUGUUGUUGCAAGUGCUUGUGUUGGACACUAUCCCUACUCUUACUGCAAAUCGUUAUUCUGGGGAUUAUUGUUGGCAUUUUAUUCCUUGUUUUCCAACCAAAGCUACCAAAAUAUUCUAUUGACAGUUUGCAGGUAACCCAAUUCAAUCUUAAUUCUGUCAACUCUAGCUUAUCGGCUACCUUUGAUGUGACUAUUACUGCAAGGAAUCCCAACAAGAGAAUCGGAAUAUAUUACGAGGGAGGCAGCCGUUUGGAAGCAUGGUACACUGAAACAAAACUAUGUGAAGGGUCAAUGCCAAAAUUCUACCAAGGUCACCGGAACACAACAGUGCUGGUUUUGCCUUUGUCAGGACAAAUCCAAAAUGGUACUGGCUUGAUCAGCGCGCUGCAACAACAGCAGCAGCAGACAGGAAACAUUCCUUUGAGACUGAGGGUCAACCAGCCUGUGAGGGUUAAGCUUGGGAAGUUAAAGCUCAUGAAAGUGAAGUUCUUGGUUAGGUGCAGGCUAGUGGUGAAUGCUUUAUCUGCUAACAACGCCAUCACCAUUCAAAGUAGUAGCUGCAAGUUUAGGCUUAGGCUGUAGAUUUUAUUGGAGCUAUAUUAUUUAUUCCAUAUUUUUACAUUUUAUUUUCUUUCUUUCUUUCUUUCUUUUCUUCUAUUUUAUGUUCCAUAAAAAUGGAGGAUUUUUAUGCUGUUUGUCCUCCAUCCUAGUAUAAUACUUUGGUUUGCUGGUCUAUAUAUUUUAUUCGUAUUCUAUUUAUUUAUUGUUAGACCUAUAUUAUUGCUAUCGAUAUCACUACUAUUGUUUUUGUGAAAGAAAAUCCCUUUUUCUCUGUUUGAUGCUGGGGUGGAUCAAUCAAGCUUCCAAAUGAUGAGAUGUAAGAUCAUUUCGGAAUGCUACUCUCAUUUUAUUUGUAGCAAAAUUUCACAACACAUUUUUCCUUGUAUAUAAAUUGUUUUCUUCCUCC